UUUGGUCGAUUUUAGUGCAAUUUUUUCCUCGUGUUCUACUUGCAAUGGCUCAAGGCUUGUCUAAGAAAGAGAAGAUCCAAUUGUGGUGGAGACUUACGAGGAACUAUGUCGUCAUUGCUUUGGUUUUAUUAAUAUUAUGCCCGAUACCAGUAGUUAUGAACACCCAGAUGGGAUACGUGGCCUUCACCAUAUUCUUGAUGGGGACCUUCUGGGUGACGGAGGUGAUACCUUUACCAGUCACGGCACUCAUCCCGAUAGUUCUCUUCCCUCUCUUUGGUGUCCGGGACACCCCCACCGUGAUCGAGCAAUACUUCAAUGAUGUCACUUACCUGCUCUUUGGGGGUCUGAUCCUCGCUGCCGCCAUCGAACAUCAGAACCUUCAUCGUCGCUUCGCUCUUCGGGUAUUGCUCCUGUUCGGAGCGGAUCCAAAGAAGUUGUUGCUGGGUUUCAUGAGUGGUACAGCCUUUUUGUCGUCAUGGAUGAGUAAUACAGCCGUGACAGCCAUGAUGCUCCCCAUUGCUCGAGCUGUGCUCGAUGAGAUCAGAAAGCAAGACAACGACGGCGAGCAUGAGAUGGAGUGCGACCUCGGAGAAAACGGAAAAUACAAGCCCAACAACCAAACUGUUUUGCCUCCUGAAAAACAAAUAACAGGAAACAGAAACGGCCAAGAAUUACAAAGGGAAGAGAUGGAUUCGAUGGUCGAUCCUCCACCAAGCCCGUCCUCGGUUGAUCAAGCCAGGCGCCAUCUACGUCUAUGCAAAGCUAUUUUCCUUUGCAUUCCCUAUGCUGCCAAUGUAGGUGGGACGGGAUCUUUAGUUGGUACCCCAGCGAAUGUGGUCUGCGUUGCUGUUGUUGAAAGCUGCUGCUCGAGACUUAGAACGGAUGUGGUCAGCCAUGGUGAGAUUCUUAUCAAGCAUCACACCAAGAUCACGGGAGACUUUAUUACAUCUGACGGACGUUACAUCUCCAAUCUGCAGUACGGGGAGAUCCCGAGCACCUCUGAACCUGGAGAAGACAUUCUAUUCGGUAAGGAGACGGGUCUCAACUUUGGCACUUGGACUCUCUACUGUUAUCCACAGAUGAUUGUAUGUAUUUUACUCAUAUGGGUUUGGCUCCAGUUCAUGUAUCUACCAAGGAACAGUUUCAGAUGUAAGAGUAACAGAGAGCGCACCUCCAAAGCCAAAAAGAUUAGAAAAGUAAUACAGCGAGCAUAUGACGAUCUUGGUCCUGUAAGAUUUGCAGAAUGGGCUAUCUUAGCACACUUCGUGAUCAUUGUAGCAGUCUGGAUCACCCAAGAUCCCAAGGUAUUUCCUGGCUGGGCGUCUCUCUUUCCUCCUGGCGUCAAAAGUUCAGCGCCGACCAUAUUGAUCGCCAUUUCUCUUUUUUGUUUCCCAUCCGAGCGACCUCUACGUCUGAUAAGAAUCAGAGAUCAGCAAAUGCGUGAUUCAGCCCAUGGUCAUCUAGGAAGUAUCGUAUCAAACGGUGCAAGUGCAAGUGUGGCUGGCGUUGAUAGUGACAAUGACGAUGGUGACGAUGGGCGUGAAAGUCGCCCCAAAAUAGCCAAAGUGAAGUGCAUCCCCGCACUAAUCAACUGGGAUAUCGUACACGAGAAGAUACCAUGGGGUGUGCUCAUUGUUGUAGGCGGAGGAUUCGCCCUAGCAGAUGGAUGUGUAGAAUCUGGUCUAUCAUUAUGGUUAGCCGAACAGUUUGAGAUCUUUUACGGGAUACCUCCACUUGCAGUGGCUUUCAUCACAGCCAUUAUAAUCUCAGUCCUAACAGAGCUUACUGCUAAUGUUGUCACCACGACCAUAUUUCUACCUAUUGUUGCAGAGAUGGCCGUCGCAAUGAGGAUAAAUCCGUUAUAUCUGAUGCUCACUACGACUAUAUGUGCCUCUUUCGCCUUCAUGCUUCCUGUAGCUACCCCGCCCAAUGCCAUAGCAUUCGCCAACAAGGAAAUCAAAGUCAUUGAUAUGGUAAAAACAGGCUGUCUCCUAAACUUCACGUGUAUCUGUAUACUGCUUCUCUUCAUGAACACACUCGGUCUGUUGAUUUUCGACAUCGCACACUUUCCCGAUUGGGCCAAUAACACCAUGAAUACCAUGGCAACAGAUAAUAUCUUCCAUAACUCUACAUCGGUACCGUUUUGAGAUGACACCUUUUGAAGAAAUUCUCGAGCUGAAAAAAAGAAGAAAGAAAUUGUAUCAGUAUACUUAUCUGUCAAAAUAGAUUCUUUCAAAUAUCUUUAUAAUAGGAUAAUUUUCUUCGUUUUCAGUGUAUCCUCUUGUUUGUAUUACAAAUAUUUUCUAUAAUUUGAGUGAUAUUACUUUUGGAUGGCGUCUGUUUGAUUCGAAAGACACUAGCUGAUCUUUCACACGGUAAAAACAAAUCGUAAUUUGAAUGAUGAUCCCAGUGAAAAAUAAGGCUAAUUACGAUUUUUUUUUAGCACGUGUGAAACCAAACUAAAACAUGAUUAGAAUCACGAACGCUUAUCACUAUCACGAAUUCAAAUUCUACUCCGGAGGUGAAUUCCAGUUAAGUUUCACUCAAAUUACGUUACGAAUUUUGCGUGUGAAAGGCUUGAACCUCCAAAACAUCAUUUUUUUUUUUUUUUUUUUUUUUUUUUGGGGGGGGAGCUUACGUGACCUUUCAAGCACUUCGAUAGAUAAUACAAUUGUCAUGCACUCAUCGUAGUUUGUAUUUACGAUGCAGUGCUUUGAUUGACAAGUCACCAAGGACACAUACCGCCUUCGCCCGGGAAUUCGAAUUCAAAUCACAUUUUUCGAGCGAGCGUGUGAAAGGUCCGAUGAUUCUAAAGACGAAUUGCAAUCAUCAUUACAAUGAUGAUUCAAGAUUUACGUGUGAAAAGGCCCUAGGUUAUUUGCGCCCAAUUCCUGUUUCUGUGAUCACGCCUCUCCAACCAUUGUCUUAUGUUACUCGGUCAAGUCGCUCGGAUCCUUUCUCACUAGCUUUCUCCAUUGGGUCAGCAGAAAUCAAAAUCUUAUGCAAAUCCAUGUUCUUUCAUUAUAAAUAAUGUUUAUUAAUGCAUUCUAGAUUUCAUUUUCUGCGGGAAUUUGUUUAGCUGCUCCGAUUUUCCAUAUGACUCAUUUUACAUCUUCUUUUGUUCUCUUCUUAAUUGAACAUGAUUUUUAAGUAUUAUAAUUUUAAUAAACCAUGAAGAUAUAAAAGCACAUGGUAAAUAUUUUUUCUCUUUUGAUUCUCAUUUGAUUUUGCUCGAAUCUGAUUCAUCUGUAGCACUGUGAUUCUUUUUUAGCAGUUUGAUAGUGAUGGGCUAGUGUAGUAUGUUAGCAUUUGUUAAAAAUUAUGGAAAGAACAUGUAUACGAUAUUCCCACUUCUUUAUUGAAUUAGAACAUGUUUCUUUUCAUGUAAAUGUUUUUUUUUCUAAAUUAAAAUCAGAAGAUCACUUCAUACGGUGUAGUACUCAAAUACAUAUCAUACAGUUCCGUUGGUAGAAUGGUAGUCUCGUCAUUCAGCCACCUAUGUUUGAAGCAAUCCGUGGCCCUUUGACCAGACAUCGAUCCUCAUUAGCAGGGGAGGGGCAUAGUGGUCUGGUUGUUUACCUAUUCAUUUUCAAAUAAAAACCUUAUGAAUCACUAAUAGAUACCCAAAAAGUAUUGAAGUUUGUGAUCUUUUCUAGUGUAUAAAAGGACACUGAAAAUGUGGUUUCUGAUAAGACUUGAUAAAUUUACUCAUUGCUCUGAAGUUGAGAAAGUAGAAAGAAUCGAAUUUUGAAUAUUAUAAUAUCUUUGGCAUAUUUCCCUUUCAGAAACGGGAUAAUGAAUGUAGGAGACCCGGAAUAUGAUUGUACAUAUUUACAACUUCUUAUGCUGCAUCAUUAAUUCUACUUACCAAUUAUUUCUUUCAAGGAUUAUAAGAAUUAAAUUUCAUGCAUUGAGUGUAUUUUUGUGUGAUAAAUGAUGACAGACCUGUGAAAGCUUUCCAGAUAGGAAAGGGCGAUAAGAUUUUAAAAAAAAAUUAAUAAUGAUGAUUUUUCUCUAUCAGGUCUCUUCUGUGUUUGUAUAUAUAGAUGAAGGUUAUAAUGAUAUUUGUAUGAAAUCAGCACGUUCGCAUGAUCCAAAAUUUAUAUCGAUUCGCUCACAUUUAUAUUUAUAUCCAAAAGGUAUUUGAAACGCUUCUGUAUAGGCAUAUAAAAUGUUAAAGGUCUAUAUAACAUUUACAUUUACAUAUGUAAUCAAAGCAGUAUAGAAGGGCAUGUUCUAAUACUUUGUGAUUGAUGGAAUACUUUCAAAGAAAAAUGCAACAGUAUUGUUUAUCUUGAUCGUUCAAUUUUUUUUAGGAUGAUUCAGUUUUGAUACCGUUUAUAGAAAGUUUUGCACUAAUAUAAAUGAAAAGUGAGGUC